GCUCCGUCGGCUCGGCGGGCGGUGUCCCGACGCAGGUGCCGGCCGGAGCGGAGAGAGCGGUGCUGACUGGACCGGCCGGGCCGGGACCCGGGGCGAGCAGAGGGUUCUGCGCGGCCUCCCGGCCCGGCCGCAGAUCAGAGCUCCCUGAAACAUGGAAGACAGAUGUGGUUACACAAAUAAGUGAAGAAAUAAGAGCAUUUUGGAGGGAGCACAUUAUAUGAGGGCUUCUGGGACCAUGGGCCUCUGGCCCUGAGGACACGGUGCUCCCUGUGGCCAUGACGACAGGUGACUGCUGUCACCUCCCUGGCUCCCUGUGUGACUGCUCCAGCAGCCCCGCCUUCUCCAAGGUUGUGGAGGCCACAGGUCUCGGGCCACCCCAAUAUGUGGCACAGGUGACUUCAAGGGAUGGCCGGCUCCUUUCAACUGUCAUCCGGUCCUUGGACACGCCAAGUGAUGGUCCUUUCUGCCGAAUCUGCCAUGAGGGAGCGAAUGGAGAAAGCUUGCUGUCUCCGUGUGGCUGCACGGGCACACUGGGCGCCGUGCACAAGAGCUGUCUGGAGAGGUGGCUUUCCUCAUCCAACACCAGUUACUGUGAGCUGUGCCACACGGAGUUUGCAGUGGAGAAGCGGCCCCGGCCCCUCACAGAGGUACACUGGGAGCCUGAGCCUGAGUGGCUGAAGGACCCAGGGCCUAGGACAGAGAAGCGGACGCUGUGCUGUGACAUGGUAUGUUUCCUGUUCAUCACGCCGCUGGCUGCCAUCUCGGGCUGGCUGUGCCUACGCGGAGCCCAGGACCACCUCCGGCUCCAUAGCCGGCUCGAGGCCGUGGGGCUCAUCGCCCUCACCAUCGCCCUCUUUACCAUCUAUGUUCUCUGGACGCUGGUCUCCUUCCGCUAUCAUUGCCAGCUAUACACUGAGUGGAGAAGGACCAACCAGAAAGUGCGCCUGAAGAUCCGGGAUGCAGAUGGCUCUGAGGCCACCCAACACUCCCUGCUGGCAGCUGGAAUCCUGAAGAAGGUGGCAGAGGAGACACCUGUGUGAAGGCUGGGCUGGCAGGGCCAGAGGCAGCUGGUGAUGCCCUGGCAUUUGGAAGGACGGAAACUGCCUGACCCUUCCUGCACGGCCAGAAUGCUUCUUAGGCCAAGAGAUGCCAAGUGGAGCUGAUUCUGUGAUCCCAUGUGAAGAUAUUUUCAGAUUGUUCUGCACACUUUUUAUAUGUGAGGAGGACAGAUGGAUGUCGUCCUGAGCUUCAGAUGGAGCAGGCACCUAGAUCUCAUUCUGAGGUCCACUCGGCCCCUUGCGGGCCAGCAGCUGUGGCCAUAGGCGAGUCGAGGGCGCUUGUGGGGCAAGAGGUUCUGCAAGCUUCUUGUGCUUCUCUGCACCUGGCAGGCUCACUUUCCUGGCACCGCAUUUCAAAAACCCACCUCAAAUGAAUAAAAGGAGACCUUGCUGGAUGAAA